UUUUUUAAUUCACAAUACUAACCAAUUUAAUAGCAGAAUUAAAUAAUUUUUUGUUAUUGGAGUAAUCUCACAUAGAAAAAUUUUUUAAUAAUAUUAAAUAGAGAGUCGGACAUUAUUUUACCACCAUAUUAUACUCAAAAAUUUUCAAAACAUAAAAGUACUGAGAAAUUCGAGAAAAUUGCGUUAAUAUUCUGAAAUAAAAAAAAGCAAAAAAAAAUAAAAAUUUCAAAUUUGAGUUUUUCUUUCCCCCAUUGUAUUUUAAAUUAAAUUUUAGUUAUUUAUCAAAUUUUGUAUGAAAAACAAUAAAAUUGUCGGUAUUAAAAAAAUGAGUUGCAAUUUAAGUUGUUUUUGUGUUUUAAUUGUUUUAUUACAAAUAGCAAAAAGAUUUUUACCAUGGCUUUAUAAUAAUUUAAUAGGACCAAAUUUUAUUGGUCCUAAAGUUGAUGUUGAAAAAAUGGGAAAAUGGGCAGUUAUUACCGGUGCCACUGAAGGUAUUGGAAAAGCAUAUGCCAAAGCUCUUGCAAAGAAAGGAUUAAAUGUGAUUUUAAUAAGCAGAUCCUUAGAAAAACUUGAAAAAGUUAAAUCAGAAAUCGCUGAAUGUAGUCAAGUUGAAGUAAAAUUGAUUGAUGUUGAUUUUACAAGUGGUCCCGAAAUAUAUACAAAAAUUUCAACAAAUAUUCAAAAUCUUGAAAUUGGUGUAUUAGUUAAUAAUGUCGGAAUGAGCUAUACUUAUCCAGAUUUCUUUUUAAAUAUACAAAAUGAAAAAUUUUUACGUGAUAUUAUAACAUGUAAUAUAAAUUCUGUAACGCAUAUGUGUCGUUUAAUUAUGCCACAAAUGAUUGAACGUAAACGUGGUAUUGUUAUAAAUAUUUCAUCAAUGGCUGCACAUGUUCCAAAUCCAUUAUUAUGUUUAUAUAGUGGUACUAAAGCAUUUAUUGAUAAAUUCUCUGAUGAUUUGAAUACAGAAUAUAAAGGACAAGGAAUUAUUGUACAAAGUGUUAUGCCUGGAUAUGUUGUAUCAAAUAUGACUAAAAUAAAGAGACCAACAUUGAUGGCACCUUCCGCUGAUUGUUAUGUUGCAUCUGCUUUAAGAACAUUAGGAAUUUCAGCUCAUACAACUGGUUAUUUUCCACAUGCUUUAAUGAAAUUAGCUAUUGAUGCCAUAAGAGCUUUAACUUGCGAUUCCUUUUUGAAUAGUUAUGUAAUGAAAAAUUUAUUUGCUGUAAGAAAGAGAGCUUUACGUAAUGCUGAAAAAAAGGCUGAGUAAAUUAAGAUGAUUAAAUUUA